GGUCUUCUCGAUUCUUGAAUCCCCGGCGCUCAUCAAGAUAAUAAUAAUAAUGGCAUCCCGUAAAGAAACCCCGAAUGGAAAAACACUGGAUACACCUGUCAAACAGAUCCAAAUCGAGGGACUGGUGGUGAUGAAGAUCAUCAAGCACUAUCAGGAGGAAGGUCAGGGCAGUGAGGUGGUGCAGGGAGUCCUGCUGGGGCUGGUGGUCGAGGAUCAGCUGGAGAUCACCAACUGCUUCCCGUUCCCUCAGCACACUGAGGAUGAUGCUGACUUUGAUGAAGUUCAGUAUCAGAUGGAGAUGAUGAGAAGUCUUCGGCAUGUCAACAUUGAUCAUCUUCACGUGGGUUGGUACCAGUCAACGUUAUACGGGUCUUUUGUCAGCCGAGCGCUUCUGGACUCUCAGUUCAGCUACCAGCACGCUAUCGAGGAGUCCGUCGUGCUAAUAUACGAUCCCAUCAAGACAGCCCAGGGGUCGCUGUGUUUGAAAGCCUACAGACUGACCCCCAAACUCAUGGAGAUCUGUAAAGAGAAGGACUUCUCCUCAGAAGGGCUGAAGAAGGCCAGUGUGGGCUAUGAGCACAUGUUCGAGGAGGUGCCGAUCGUCAUCAAGAACUCUCAUCUCAUUAAUGUUCUGCUGUGGGAACUGGAGGAGAAAUCCACCGCCGCCGACAAACACGAGCUCCUGAGCCUCUCCAGCAGUUCUCAUCUUGAGAAGAGUCUGCAGAUGCUGAUGGACCGUGUGGAUGAUAUGAGCCAAGACAUCGUCAAAUACAACAACUACAGCCGCAGCCUCAGCAAACAGCAGCAGCAGAAACACCAGUAUGUCCAGAGACGUCAGCAGGAGAACGCACAGAGGCAGAGCCGUGGAGAGCCGCCUCUGCCAGAAGAAGACCUGACCAAGAUGUUCAAGCCUCCGCAGCCGCCGCCACGCAUGGACACGCUGCUCAUCGCCAGUCAGAUCAACACAUACUGCCAGACCAUCAAGGAGUUCACGUCUCAGAAUCUGGGGAAACUCUUCAUGGCUGAAGCUCUGCAAGGGCCGAGUAGUUAAAACAAGAUUAGUGUCUGGUUAAUUUAACACAUUCAGCUGCUUUUUAAUGCUUUUAUUUCACAUUUCUAGACCAGACCCAGUAAAUAUACGCUCAACAGGGGCUUGAAUACCCAUCAGACGGGUCCGUUUAUUUCAGCAUGUAUAGUAUAAAAUGUGGACUAAGUUAUCAUUUCUUUGAAAGGAAAUCAGUGUACCUGUCAAUAAUGUGUAAAAAGAGAUGUCGGAGAUUGGGUAAUAAAUGCUUUGGUGUCUA